GUAACAUUGUGGACACCUUUAAGUGUCCCAACAGCUUCCGAUGUCCCAAGACACAAAGGUGCAUCAGCAUGAACCAAGUCUGUGAUGGCAUCGUGGACUGUUUGCUCGACGAAGCUGAUGAGGGUCCUCAUUGUAGUAAGAAUAUUUUUUUUUGUUUUGUAAACCUGUUCAAGUGUAUAGCGCAUGAUUCAGGGGAAGAAGCUGACGUUGUACUUAAUAAAAUAUGGAAAUUUAUCAAAUAUUUGUUUAAUCGUAACCAAAAAAUUUAACUUAAACUUUUUUUGUAAAGUUUUCUAAUAGCAGUUGUAUUGGACAAAAUCUUUUAUGCCAAAAUAUGAGUUGGAGGCUAAUGGGCUGUGUUAAUGUGUUAGUCAACAAUAUGACUGGCCAUCAAGGGGAAUAUGUAUGCGAUUAUUGUAUAUGAGGUUGUGUUAAUGAGUUAGUUGACAAUAUGACUCGGCAUCAAGAGGAAUAUGUGUAUGAUUAUCGUGUCCAUUUCUUUUUGCAGUAAAUAGAGCCUGCAGACCUAAGAAAUGUCCAGAUAAAUGUAAAGAAACCAUUCAAGGCCCCCUGUGUUAUUGUGGUGAAGGGAAGGAGUUUAACAACACCCACUGUACAGGUACAUCUGAACUUAAACACUUAAACUCUCUAGGGGUCAUGACGUAAGGGUCAACAGCACAUUACUCCCCAUGUCUUGAAACAUUGAGUGAAACACUCUUUCAUAAUUUACCUGCCUCUCCUAAUUUGUGUCUUUAAAAAAUUUUUUUUUUUUUUACUUUUCACCAGAUUUAAAUGAAUGUAACUACUCUGGAUUCUGUGAUCAGAAGUGUGAAAACACAGAUGGUGGCUACAGGUGUUCAUGUGCAGCAGGCUAUGAUUUGGUGGACAAGGGUUCAUGUCAGAUUGCAGGUGAGUGGUAACACAAUGCUCAACAGUGGUUUCAGUGGGUGCAGCACAAAGUUGUGGUGAAAAGAUAGCUUGAUCCCUACAAUUUAUACUUUGAAGAGGAACUAAUAAAUAGUUUUUUUUUUAAAUCAGACUUUGAAAGUAAAGUUUAAUGUUGAAUAAAAGAAGAAAAAAUAAACAGACAUUCAUCAUUAAAGGUGGAAUUUCGUAGGCACUUUUAUAAUAUGUUUUAACUCAAGCUUAUUUAUCUUGUCACAGCCAAAUCUAUCAAGCCAAGAUUUGCACUUGCCAAUUACUUCAAUGUGCAGAUGCUUAACUUCACAUCAGAGGACAGUUUGGCUGUUGACAACUACGAAGUGGCAGGCUCACAGAUCACAACACUGGAUGUGGAUGUAAAAAACAACACUAUCUGCUGGGUAAGGAUACUAAGUCAACCACACUGA